UCUGAAAUUCGUAAUGACCAUUUUGAAAGGCCGUACUAAAUAUUCUCAAAUGUCAACUCUCGACUCUGAGCUUCAGCAGCUGAUUGCUAGCUACCAUGAAUUGAAUGUAGAGUCGCCUGACGAGCUUCAAGAAGAACCAAGUCCACUGGAAUUCAUGCGCUAUGUUGCUCGCAAUCGCCCGUUUGUCGUGCGAUGUGGUGCGCGAGAAUGGCCAGCGGUGAAGUCCUGGAAUCUCAGUUACCUAACUAACAUGAUGGGGGGUCAAUCUGUUAACGUGGCUAUGACUCCUUUCGGGUGAGAUGAUAGGUUUGUUCAAGUCACUGGAUCAACUGACUUGUUCGGGAUAAGGAACGCAGAUUCCGUGCUGCACUUGGAUGAUGGCUCGACUAUGUUUGUAAAGCCUUACGAAUGCGAUCUUGUCUUUGAGAAAGCAGCGAGUUAUAUUGCUCAGCAAGAGCUUGAACGAGCCAACGGAGUGAUAUAUUAUUGUCAGACGCAGAAUGACAACCUACGCCACGAAUAUGAAUCGUUGUUCAAGGAUGUGCCAAAGUCUAUUCCUUUUGCCCGAAUUGCCCUGCAAAGAGACCCAGAUGCCGUCAACUUUUGGCUAGGAAAUUCUCGAUCAGUUACAGCUCUUCACAAAGAUCCAUAUGAGAACAUAUACGUUCAGGUCUUGGGUCAGAAGCAUUUUGUUCUCUUGCCCCCCAUCGAGUCUGCUUGCGUCAAUGAGCAACUGCAUCCAGCGGCGACAUACAAAUGCCGCUAUCCAGGUAUUGCAUACGAAUUGGGCAAUGUCGAACUAUUUCCGACGCUCGAUAAUCCGGCAGCUCAAGUACCUUUUGCGGCCUGGGACCCCGACCUGCCUGAAGUGAACGCGACAGCUUUUUCGUCCCUCAGCAGACCAAUGCGUGUCACGCUUGAACCGGGAGAUAUGCUCUAUCUUCCAGCAUUGUGGUACCAUAAAGUUUCCCAGAGCUGCAACAAAGAAGGAUUAUGCUGUGCUGUCAAUUACUGGUACGACAUGGAGUAUUCCGGCUCAUUCUACCCACUAAGCACUUUCUCAAGGAGAAUUAGUCUCUUGGCAACCUCAGGCAACGCACUCGCGCCUGAGUAGUGUGUUCCUAACUAUGUUUAUGUUGUUUAAGUCUCAGAAUCACGAAGAAUUCAUAUUUCUGAUAGGCUGGGAUGAAUGCAUUACGCUUAUAUUAUCUGCGC